AAUACUCAACAUUGCAAAGCUACAUUCUCUCAAGCUAAAAAUAAAAUAAAAAACAAAGAGAAAAACAGACUCUUACUCUCCUCUGUUUUUUCUUUCCACCGUAAACUGAAUAUCAGUUUCGCUUUUGCUCUACAAUAUCUUCGUUAGAUCUUCUGAUUCAACUGUUUUUAAAUUCAACGCAGAUGGAUUCGCUUAGUAACCAAAAGGCUAAACCAAAAAAGAUGAAGACUGUUGUGAAGAAGUCGCGGGUUCAAAUACUCUUAGAUCUGUUUUAUCGGGUGAUCGAGAUAACUGUAGUUAUGGUUACAGUAGCAAAGCUCUGCUACCAACUAGUCAUCAUGUUGGAAGACUCUAGUCUCACGCGUUUUCUCAUUAACCGUCACCUUGCUUUCAUCUUGGGGAAUGCGAUAGUCAUCACUAUCAUCGCCAAGUGCGGUCUCUUUGUGAAUCAAGAACCAGAUGCACGGAGAAACAGCAAUGAUUUUUACGACGAGUUUGUUCGUGAGAGCUCACGAAGAGAAGAGAUUCUACAGAAAGAUAUGAUACGCAGAGAAAAACAGAGUGAAACAGAGAGCAAGGCAAAACAGAGCAGCAAAGAUAAGAGACAGAGCAGAGCAAAACAGAGCAUGUUGGAGAACAGGGCAAAACAGAGCAGUGAAGAUAAGAGAGAGAAACCUAAAAAGACUGAGAACAGUGGGAAACAGAGCAGUGGCGAGGAGACGGAGAAGAAGGACAUAACUGUGAAGAGACCCAAACAAAUUGUUUCCCAAAAACAGGAAACCCCAAGGAAGAGUUACGAAAGGAGUCGGUCAGAGAAUCUCGAGGGCUCGAAGAAGAGUUCUUGUGGAAGACUGAUGAGAUCGGAGACGGAGAGACCUGCCGAUGGAUUUGAUUCUGAUGAUGAACUCCGGUACAAGAUCGAGUCUUUUAUUGCGAGACAGAGGAGGAACCAAAAGGAUGAAGAGUUUUGUAUUAUUUAGAUGUAAAGUAGUAAUUAAAAGAAAAGCAAGGGAAAAAAGAAGAAGAAAGACUUUAGUUUAUGCAAUAUCAUUCACAUAUAUAAUCUGUGUGUGUUUGUAAAUAUACGGGUGAAAAAUAUUUCAAAGCCCGAGCAUAAAUUGUUGUUUAGCUUUUAUCUUUCUUUUUUUAAUUUCUCUUUGUAUAAUUUUGUUCCAUCUUAUAAAGUAUGAAAUAUAUUUCUGUAA